GAUAAAACCAGAGUUACAGUAUUACUUACUACAAAUAUUAUAGGAAUACACAAGUUGAAACCAUUGGUUCUUUUGUUAGUAGAUAAUGUACUUUUCCAUACUAGUCCUGUAGAAAAUAAUUCUAAAACUUAUAUUAAUGCUAUUGAUGAACUUUUUGUAACUGAAGAUGUUCUUUCUGAAUCUGAAAUAGUUACUAUGAUACUUGCAGAUAAUAAAAUUGAAAAUAAUACUUCUUCAGAUCUCGAAAAAAAAGAAGAAAAGUUACCUCCACCUUGUAUUACUUCAAUUGAUACAUUAAAUAUAUUAAAAAUAUUAAUUAGAUAUGAAGAACAGUUUUCUGAUAAUGAAACAAUCUCACAAGAUAAAUUGUGCAAAAGAUUAUCACUAUACAAGAAAAUGUGUAAAAAAAAUAAAAAGCAA